AUUCCUAAACCAGUUCGUGCAAAGUUCGCGUUUUGGGCAGAACCAAAAUCUGUCGGCUGAGUGGAAACUAUGCCGAUUGCCGCAGUCGGUGACCGCUCGGCUCCGCGCUUGUACAUGCGCGGCGCUCUGUUCCGUGAACCAAACCGUGCGUGUUUAUUGGAUCCACUUAACUUUCAUUGAGGACCUCUCGUGUCCUGUCACACAUUAGACAUGGCAACCACUGCAGUCAUCGGCUUGGUAUUGAUGUUUGUAUGUCAGACACAAUCUUCGGCGUUCAUUCAAGGUCUUCAAACAUUCACACUGGAAGAACUUGUGCCUUUAAGAGCUGAGUUCUACCCAGAUCGAUUGUCAAUACAAUGGGUAUCAGAUAAUGAAUAUAUUUACACAGAACGUGGCACUGGCGUGAGGAAAUAUAAUGUCAAACAUGGCACCUAUGUUACCAUUUUGGACGAAAUUGAUUUGUAUAAUUUGCGAAAUUACACAAUAUCGACGUUCUCUGAAGAUGGAAAGUACGUGUUGCUGCUCAAACAUAGGCGAAAGCUGUACCGAUAUUCGACUCUAGCGGAGUAUUCCGUGUUGGACAUCAAGAAUAAAGCAAUUUUGAAGCUGGCAGAUAGUCCGCUCCAGGUGGUAGUGUGGGGUGGCGGUCGAUCGCUAGCUUACGUUCAGAAUAACAAUGUCUACUACGUACCAGAUGCACUGCGUCCCAGCUUGGUUGUGGCGUUAACCACUGAAGGAAUACCUGGAGAGGUCUACUAUGGUGCUACUGAUUGGAUUUAUGAAGAGGAAGUGUUCAAUGCUGCAGAAGCAAUAUGGUUUUCUCCAAGUGGCACGUACUUAGCUGUGGCUUAUUUCAAUGAUACUCAAGUGGAAUCUGCAGUAUUCCCCUACUACGGAGAUCCAACCGACAUCAACAACCAGUAUCCUGAGAUCGUUCAAUUCAAAUAUCCGAAGGCAGGUCGAACUAAUCCUGAUGUUGGAUUACGCGUGUUCAAAUUAGAUGAACUCAACAAUGAACCUUGGAACAUACCGGCACCAGUAGAUGUUGUUGGCUUAGAUCACAUUCUGGGGAGAAUCAACUGGGCCUCUGACCAAAACCUCGUGGUAUUGUGGCUAAACAGACGACAGAGUAUCAGUAUCCUUGUCAAUUGUGACCUGAAGAGGGACAAAUGCAGUAUAGUAAAAGAACAGACUGAACCAAACGGUUGGAUUGAUAUCACAGCGCCGUUCUUUGAUAAAACUGGCACGAAGAUGGUGGAAAUACAACCCUUGUAUAACGGAGAACAGAGGUUCCCCCACGCGGCGAAAUUUGACUUCAGCUCUUUUACUACAGAAGAUUUAAGUCCGGGUAACUCGACCGUGACGGAAAUUUUGGGCUGGAAUCAAGAAACUGACACUGUUUAUUACAUAGUAGCGCCGGGCUAUGUGCCCUGGUUGAGGCAAGUUUGGGCGACGUCUGGCGGCGUCGUGAGGUGUGUGACGUGCAAAGAACCGUCCUGUCGACAUGUUACUGCUGAUUUUUCGUCAGGCGCAAAUUACGCGGUAAUAACAUGCAGUGCCUGUAAUAUACCUCCCAAAAUAUUUUUAUAUGACAGCGUGGCGGAUACCUUGAAACUUCUACAAGACAAUCGUCGGUUAACUGACACUUUAAGUCAAUACAAAUUACCCAUGACUCUCUUCAACAUGAUUAACAUUGGUGAGGAGAUCAGAGCUCAUGUGAAACUGCUGCUACCUCCUGGAAUUAAAUCAGGAGAGAAGUACCCAAUGGUUGUGAGAGUUUAUGCCGGCCCAGGAACUACCAGAGUUCGGGAUAAUUACGAUUUAGAAUACUACAACACGUACUUAUCGGCGAACAGAAGUAUUAUAGUGGCAUCUAUUGACGUGCGAGGGUCUGGUGUGAUGGGCGUGGAGGCCAUGCAUGCUGUGAACACCGCUCUAGGCACCGUCGAGAUAUCUGACACCUUAGCUACCAUCAGGAGUUUAGCAACUUUGUACCCGUUCAUUGACCCUGACCGCAUCGGCGUUUGGGGUUGGAGCUACGGUGGAUUCGCUACCACCAUGAUGUUGAUACAAGACGACCAGAACACCAUUGCGUGUGGUGCUGCAGUGGCUCCUGUUACCUCCUGGUUGUAUUAUGAUUCAAUAUACACAGAGCGGUAUAUGGACACGCCGCAGUCCAACCCUAUCGGCUACCAGCGUUCAGACCUGACGGCAUUAGCGGAGGACCUUCGCGACCGUCAGUACAUGCUGGUCCACGGCACUGGAGAUGAUAACGUCCACUCUCAACACAGCUUGCAGCUCGCGAAGCAGUUGCAGCAUAAAGACAUCGCUUUCGAGCAAAUGACUUACACCGAUGAAAACCACUCAUUGAUGGGUGUCAGCCGACAUUUCUACCACUCGUUAGACAACUUUUGGACUAAGUGUUUUAAAUAAUGUUCAUAGAUAUGUAAAUAUUUAUUUAUAAGACUGUGAAAUUAGUCAAUUUGUGUAUGUGAUUGCCAAUGACGAAAUAGUGUGCGUGAUCUCUCCAUUUGUAUAUGUUCAAUAAUUCUAUGUAUGUAGAUAAGCCUAACGUGUUUGUAAAUAAAUCUGUAUAAUUAUUUAUAAAA